AUGGAUAUAAAAGAGCGAAAGGCACCGCUCUUGACAAGAGGCAGGUGAAAGGAAUGUCGCUACACAAGUUCGUCACUGACAGUGAGGACUGUAGAGUGGCCUACUCAGAAGUCCUAUAGUUCAAGUGAGACACCUGAAGGCUUAGGAUCUGAAACCAGAAUGCACUAUGGAAAUCGAGUUACUGACCUAGUUCACAGAGAGUCUGAUGAGUUUCCAAGACAAGUUGGUCCAGAAGCUAAAGCUGGUACAGAAUGCUGCAGCACAGCUGUUGAGUGGUGCUCCUUAUUGGGCACAUAUCAUGUUGGUGCUGAAGGAUCUGUGUUGACUGCCUAUUAACCACUGAGCCAGUUUUAAAG